UAUAUCUGAUUCUAGGGUUUAUCUGAAACAGCAGAAUAUAUUGGGGGGUUUUGGGAGCAAGAAAGGGUAAUAUUUUGACUGUUACGAAAUCAUCGAUCCUCACUUGCUUCAUCUCUUCCAUUGACGCGCAUUAAACGGCGUCGCUUUCAUGGGUUUAUUAAGCCAAUGGCCGCUUCAUUCUCUCUUACAAUGCUAGAUUCCGCUUCCAAUCGGUGGGAUACAAUCCCCGCGUGGAUUUUAAUUUUUCUAGAAAUUAAGGGUGUCAUUUAACGCUUCUGAAGGAAUGCCGCAGGAUGUGGUGGUGCAGGAAGACAAGCCUUCCGGUGCCUGCUGUGCCACGUUGCAAAAGAAGUACUCAAAGCUGUCGGAGAGGUUUGCGAAGAUUGAUUUGUUGAAGAACCAGUUUCGCGACUGCGCGAAAGGGUUGCAGAAGGAAUAUGACGAGGUCGAGAAAGCUAAUAAGAGUCUGAGGAAAGAAUUGGAAGAACUCAAAUUGCAGGUUGAUUUUUGGAAAGAUGAGAAAGAUAAAGUGGAUGGUAGGUGUACUGAUCUUGAGGAUGAGGUUUCGGCUCUUCAAGAUGAGAUUCAAUUGCUGAAGCAAAGCAGCGGCUCUGCUUCUCACCAAGAAGAUGAACAGCUUCAAGAACGCAUUGCUCAGUCUGAAGCAGAAAUUAAGCAAUUGAACAAGCUUCUGGACCAAGAGAGGGGGAAGGCAGCUUCCGAAAAGAAGAGCGCAGAGUUGGAGAAGAAGAAAGCUGAUGAAGCUUUGAAGAAGUUAGAGAAGGGAAGAAAUCAGAUUUGUGAGUUGCAGAAGGCUGCUAUUGUAUAUAGGAAAAAUGCUGAGGAAUAUAAACUUAUGUGGAGAAGUUGCAAAAAGAAACUGAUGAUAUGA